UGCACCUCUCUGGUCUCUGUAAGAGAGAGCGAGAGUGUGUGUCAAGCACUGACUCAUCAAGAAGUGCUGGAACGAAAUGUCUUUGAAGAGCAAAGGAUGGGGAGGAGAGGUAACAAUGAGGAAUGUGAUGUCAAGGAACUGGGCUUUUCUGCUAUGCUUCUGCAGCUUCUGUGCUGGAGUGUUAUUUACUAACAGGUUGUGGAUGGUGCCUGAAUCAAGGCCAUCUAGAAUUGGAGCUGAAAGGAUAUAUUCAGAACCUGAUGGUUGUAAUCAGAAGCUUGUUAUAAAGCACACGUCCAAUGAUAGUCCAGGGGAAGCUACUAAUCAUGUCAUUCAGGAGCUAAAUAAAACAAUUUCAAAUUUGGAGAUGAAAUUAGCCGCUUCCAGGGCAACGCAUGCAUCUGUACAUAAUGGCUCUCCUAUAUCAGGAAACUUGAAGACUCUUCAAUCAAAUUCGAAAAAAAAGUACUUCAUGGUUAUAGGGAUCAAUACAGCUUUUAAUAGCCGAAAAAGAAGAGAUUCCGUACGUGCAACUUGGAUGCCACAAGGCGAGGAAAGAAAGAAGCUGGAAGAAGAGAAGGGCAUCAUCAUACGGUUUGUUAUAGGUCACAGUUCGACAGCUGGUGGUAUUCUUGAUAAAGCUAUUGAAGCAGAGGAGCAAGUCAAUGGAGACUUGUUGAGGCUGAACCAUGUUGAGGGCUACCUGGAAUUAUCAGGCAAGACGAAGACCUAUUUUUCAACAGCUGUUGCUAUGUGGGAUGCUGAAUUUUAUGUCAAAGUUGAUGAUGAUGUCCAUUUAAAUUUAGCAACACUUGGAAUGAUUCUAUCUAAACAUCGUUUGAAACCCCGAGUCUAUAUUGGUUGCAUGAAGUCAGGUCCAGUCCUUGCUCGAAAGGGAGUGAAAUAUCAUGAACCAGAGUAUUGGAAAUUUGGUGAGGUGGGAAACAAGUAUUUUCGACAUGCUACAGGACAGUUAUAUGCUAUCUCAAAAGAUUUGGCAACUUACAUAUCAAUAAACCAGGAUGUGCUGCACAAAUAUGCCAAUGAAGAUGUUUCCUUGGGAUCUUGGUUUAUUGGUUUAGACGUAGAACAGGUGGAUGAUAGGAGACUCUGUUGUGGUACCCCACCAGAUUGUGUGUGGAAGGCUAUGACAGGCAACAUCUGCGCUGCUUCAUUUGAUUGGCGAUGCAGCGGGAUUUGCAGGUCUGUUGAGAGGAUAAUGGAUGUUCACGAACGUUGCGGUGAGGACAAGAACGCUAUUUGGAAUGCGAGGUUUUCUCAAUGAAUGGCUGAUAUUCUUCCAAUCUCAUGAAGGAUGUGCGGAUAGUCUGGAAAAAACAUGCAGAUGUUUUUUUUUUAUUUUUCCAUUCCCGCCCAGGCUAUGUCUACGUUGAUAUAGAGAAUGUACGUAAUACCAAAAAUAUAGAAUGAUUACACAGUUAAGGAAAAGGGAUUGCCGUUGGGGGCCAUUCUCCAUUGUAGCUCAGGAAAUCAACCCCCAAUGGCAGCUGGAAAGAUGAAGAUAGAUUUUCUAACAACCCCAUUCUUUUGAUGGUGGGGGAGCUAUAUUGUAAGUUCUCUGCCAUGGACUAGGCUUCAUAUUCAUAAUAUGUUUCCGUAUAUGUUUGUCGUA